UAUUACCAGACUCCAGCAAACAGUGGCAGAGCAGAUCUCAACUCAGCAUCCAGUCUGGAUCCUCCUGGAGACACUGCUUUCCCUCUAUUCCUGUAUUUAUUUUCCAUCUCUUGAUUUAGAAACCCUGCACUGCUUUGUUCUUCACACAUUUCAUCGUCUUACCUAUUGACGUGGCUAUCUGCUAUUUUCUUAUUCAUCUCCAUUGACCCCCCUCUCAUGCACUUUACCCUUCCUCUCUUUGCCAUCUGCUUCUUUCAUUUUCUGUCCUCCCUUCCACUGUCCCGUCUUACUUAUCUUCCACUAUUCUUCCACUGUAACACGCUUCACUACCUUGUGUCAACCCCCCCUCCCUCUUUGGCUUUACCUAAUGGAUAUUCUACACUGGUUUUGUUUGUACCUUGGUGUUUUCUGCAGCUUGGUACCUUGUUAUGGCCACCCACAGCCAUGUCGUAUUCUUGCCCGUAUUGGGCACACAGUUCGUCUCGGUGCCCUCUUACCCCUGGCUGGACACUCUCAAACAAGAAUCCAGAACGUUCUUUCCCGGAUUAGCCGCAGCAGUUUGCUUCCCUACAACCUGAGUCUGGAGGUGGUUUCCGGAGCCCCCAAGGAAAGAGACCCUGCUUCAUUGGCAAGAUGGUUGUGCCAAGUAUUGGUGGCACAAGGGGUGGCUGCAGUGCUGGCAUUCCCUCAGUCACAAGAGGAGCUACUACAAUUGGAAUUCUUGUCCAGUUUUUUGGAGAUCCCAUUUCUCAGUAUUCUGGAGCAGGAGCAAAUUGUUCCACUAACCACUAAGAACCCUUUUCAUCUGCGAAUGGAUAUGAGAAGUUCAGUGGAUUCUCUAAUGGAAAUCUUGAACAGUGUCUUACAGAACAAUAGCUGGGAGGAACUAGCUGUUAUCACAUGCAACCCAUGGGAAAGCACCAUCAUACUUGACUAUUUGACUACUAAUACAAGUAUAGAGACACAUGAGAUCCUUAACAUUCAUUCACUUGAUGAUGCUGAUGUAGGAACUUACCUGAAUCGUCACUUUAAUACUAUAAAGAAUCCACAGAUACCUUUGCUUUUACAUGGAUGUGAUGCCCAGCGAUCUUCCUUGGUGUUUCAAGCAGCCAAAGACUAUGGACUGGAACCACUUGAGUUUCACUGGCUGGUUGGACAACCACUUAAUGUGGAAGAGAUGCAGACAGAUGGCUUGCCCCCUGGUUUGUUAGCUUAUGGAGAAGUCAGUCGACCAAGUCUGGAAACCUUUUUAAGAGAUGCCGUGAGUCUACUAACUAAGGCGAUCUCUAGUGCAGUCAAAGUGAGACCAGAUAUUGCACUUAUUCAGACCAUGAUAAAUUGCAAUGAUAAACAGACAUCACAAAAUGAGUCUUCUGGCUUGUACCUUUCCAGAUAUUUAUCCAACACAUCAUUCUCUGGACAAACAGGACGUAUCUAUGUAACAGACAAUAAUUUGGUCCACACUGAGCACCACUACAAGAUUUGGAGCCUUGUGCGCGAUUCUGUAGGGCAUCCAACAUGGGUUACUGUGGGAGGCUGGCAUGAAGGUAAAAUAGAAGUGGAGGAAGGUUUGUGGCAGAAUCGAAUUAAAAAACAUGAACAAGCAUCAGUAGUGACUCCACGUACCAAACUCAGAGUGGUAACUCUGGUGGAACAUCCUUUUGUUUUCACACGAGAGGUUGAUGCUGAUGGCAGUUGCCCAGCUGGCCAAAUGUGUUUGGAUCCUCGGACUAAUAACUCUGCCUUAUUAGAUUUGCUAUUUCAAGAACUUAACUCACCAAAUGGCUCUGUACCAUUGGAAUACAAAACAUGUUGUUAUGGUUACUGCAUUGACUUAUUAGAAAAAUUAUCUGAAGAUCUUGGGUUCGAUUUUGAACUGUAUAUUGUUGGAGAUGGAAAGUAUGGUGCACGAAAGGGGGAUCUCUGGACAGGAUUAGUUGGGGACUUGUUGAGUGGAGCAGCCCACAUGGCUGUCACCUCCUUUAGCAUCAACUCAGCUCGAAGUACUGUAAUUGACUUCACCAGCCCUUUUUACUCAACAAGUCUUGGUAUCUUGGUGAGAAUGCGAGAUACUGCUUCUCCUAUUGGAGCCUUUAUGUGGCCCUUACACUGGUCCAUGUGGUUGGGUAUAUUUGUGGCUUUGCAUAUUACUGCAUUGUUUCUCACAUUCUAUGAAUGGAAAAGUCCUUUUGGCAUGACCCCACAUGGACGCAACCGUGUGAAGAUCUUCUCUUAUUCUUCUGCCCUCAACUUAUGUUAUGCUAUUCUCUUUGGGAGAACAGUCUCAAGUAAAACACCCAAAUGUUGCACAGGCAGAGUUCUUAUGAACCUUUGGGCUAUUUUCUGCCUACUUGUCUUGUCAAGUUACACUGCAAACCUUGCUGCAGUCAUGGUAGGAGAGAAGACCUUUGAGGUUUUGACUGGAAUCCAUGAUCCAAAGCUUCAUCAUCCUUCUCAGGGUUUCCGUUUUGGAACAGUGUGGGAAAGCAGCGCAGAGCAAUACAUUAAAAAAAGUUUUCCUGAAAUGCACGGCUACAUGCGAAGGUUCAGCGUCCCAUCCACUUCAGAUGGAGUCCAAAUGUUAAAAACAGAUCCCCCGAUCCUUAAUGCUUUUAUCAUGGAUAAAGCUCUGCUGGAUUACGAGGUAUCCAUAGAUUCAGACUGCAAACUGCUGACUGUGGGGAAACCAUUUGCAAUAGAAGGAUAUGGAAUAGGCUUACCCCAAAACUCUGCCCUAACCUCUAAUCUUUCAGAGUUUAUAAGUCGUUACAAAUCAUCUGGAUUCAUGGAUACUUUGCAUGACAAAUGGUACAAAAUGGUGCCAUGCGGGAAGCGGGUAUUUGCUGUGACCGAGACGCUCCAGAUGGGAAUUUACCAUUUUUCAGGCCUGUUUGUUCUUCUUUGCGUUGGGUUCGGCGGCUCACUUCUUACAUCAUUGGGUGAGAGAGUGGUCUACCAUUUUGUUAUACCUCGUAUGCGAAAGCGUCGCAGAUUCAAAUACUGGCUGCAUACUAGCCAGAAAAUCCAUCGGGCAUUAAAUAUGACCCUCGAAGACCAGGACGUGAAACCCCCAAACCCUGACAAAAGCUGUAACCUUCAGAAAGAUGCCAACAAAAAGCCUCAGUCUGUCUGGAACAAUUUAAGUCGGACUACCAUCCGCCAGGAAAAAAGGGUACAUUUUAACCUCGAGACUGUAAAUGCAAGUGAUAAACCUUGUGAGAAUGGACAACCCUGUCGCCCCAAAGAGGAAGAGCUAAGGGAGCUGGAGGAGAAGAUUGAGGACAUGAAGGAACAACUAAGAGCUGCCCUGGUGAGAAAAAGUCAGUUGAUGGUAAUCCUCCAGCCCCCGUGUAACCACACUCAGCCAAAGGCCGAAGGGAACAGAUGAUAACCAUAACAUUGUUUGUCUCUAUGCAACUUAUCUAGACAAAAGUUCUGUCAGAGAGCUUGCAAUCUAAUUGUUCAGUACUUCCAGUGAGGAGUUGCAGGCAGUUCAUCACUGAAAGAUUUAUACCAAGGCACAUGGAGAUUAAUUAACUAAUGCAAUCCUCAAAUACAUAAAAAGAAAUACUUAUCUGGUGCAAUAUUGUACAACAUGGACUAGUAAUAUGAAAUCAUUAUAAUGGCAUAUUAUCACUCUACCACAAUCAUACGUUCUUGGAACCGGAGGAAGAAAAAAAGAUUUUUCACUGCAUUUCUAUUCUGUAUGACUUUCUUGUGUCCUCUUCUAUAGUUCAUCUUUUAUGAUUGUUGCAAGCUAUUCAUACAUUUAUUGUACAGCACCAUGGCAAUAUAAGACUGUAACUGCGGGUUAGUAAUCCUUACACUUUUAGUAAUCCUUUUCAAAGCUUAAGAAAAUCUCCCAUAAUAGUCAGCUAUCAAUGCCUGCUUCUUGGAUGAAUUUAGUCCAUAGAAUAGAACUAUCUAUCUAUACUUAUAAAUAUGUUUCUGAUACAUAAAAUACAGCUAUACAUUAGUUUGAAAGAAUUAUUAAGUCUAUUUUCAUUAUAACAAUAUUUUCUGAUUUCAAUUUUGUAAGGGAGACAAUUAUUGGCAAUGUAAUCCAUUGCUGGUGUUUUGAAAGUAUUUCUAUGAUCAUUUUAUAGAUGGCUUCUUUACCUUACAACACAUCUGGUUAAAAAUGAAAAAAAAAAAAAA